CACACAUCCACACCAUCAUUCUCACCAACAUAAAAAAUCUUGAUUACAGAGAGAUAAUAGAGCCAUAAUUCAAGAACAAGACUAAUAUCAAGAAUAGGAAAGCAUACUUCUCACCAGGAGAGGAAUGGGAAGAUCACCAUGUUGUGACAAAGCGAACGUGAAGAAAGGGCCUUGGUCUCCAGAGGAAGAUGCAAAGCUAAAAUCAUACAUCGAAACGAGUGGCACAGGAGGAAAUUGGAUUGCUUUGCCUCACAAAAUUGGUUUGAAGAGAUGUGGGAAGAGUUGCAGGCUGAGGUGGCUAAAUUAUUUGAGACCAAAUAUCAAACAUGGUGGCUUCUCCGAGGCUGAAGAAAACGUCAUUUGUAACCUCUAUCUUACUAUUGGUAGCAGGUGGUCUAUAAUCGCUGCUCAAUUGCCGGGACGAACAGACAACGAUAUAAAAAACUAUUGGAACACGAGACUAAAGAAGAAGCUUAUUAUAAAACAACGCAAGGAGCUUCAAGAAGCUUGUAUUGAGCAACAAGAGAUGAUGGUGAUGUUGAAGAGACAACAACAACAAAUCCAACCUACUUUCAUGAUGAGACAAGACCAAACAAUGUUCACAUGGCCGCUUCAGAAACUUCCGUUUCAUCAUCAUAAUGAUGGUCAAGUACCAACUCUUGUCAUGAACUCGUUCGGUGACCAGGAAGAUAUUAAGCCAGAGAUCAUCAAGAACAUGGUCAAGAUCGAAGAUCAAGAACCAGAGAGAACAAACGCUUUUGAUCAUCUCUACUUCUCUCAACUUCUGUUAGACUUUAAUAGUAAUUACUUAGGAUCAGGAGAAGGUUUCUCCAUGAACUCAAUCUUGAGCACCAACACAAACUCUCCACUGCGUAACACAAGUAUCAGUCAUCAACGGUUUAGGAAUUUCCAUGACGAAGCCGUCGACUUGUUUUUAGGAGAAACAGGUACUUCGGCAGAUCAAAGCACCAUAAGGUGGGAGGACAUAAGCUCUCUUGUUUAUUCUGAUUCAAAGCAAGUUGUUAAUUAAUAUUUUCCAAGAUGAAACUUACAUUAAUAUAUUAUUAGUAUUCCCAGUGUUUGGGCUGUUUGUGAUCCUGUUGCUUUCUACAGCUUGAAGUUCUAGGAUUGUAAAGAGGAAAAUAAAUAUAUUGAAUGGGGUAGGUAAAUGGAGUGAGAAAGGACGAUCAAUCUAUAUUUUUG